AUGGCAUCAAUCCCUCGCAAGUUACUGAGAAAUGCAGUUGGCCUUGUAAAUAUCACCGCCAAAAGGAACUAUGCCUUGCCGCCUGAUCCGCUAGCCAGGUUUAAGGCUCUUGCCUCAGCCAGCAAAGAACAACCACGUGUGCUCAUUACUGGCUCGCUGGGACAACUCGGACGAGGGCUCAACACCGUCUAUAAGUGAGC